AUGCAUGGCAGAUGGGCUAUGCUUGCUGUUGCUGGAAUUCUUACUACAAAUUGGCUCGAAAGCCUUGGACUCAUUAAGGACUUUCUUGAGGGCCCGAGAUGGGUCGAUAUGAUCUCGAGACAUGUCGAUAUUCAGCCAACAUUCCUACACAAGAAAAAGCCUAAGCCUAAUAUUGGUUAUCUUGGUGGUGUGUGGUUUGAUCCCUUCAUGUGGAGAAAAGAAUCGUCCGAGCCACUGAUGGUUUUGAGGAUGAAAGAAAUCAAAAAUGGGAGACUUGCAAUGCUAGCUUUUGUUUUCCAGACUCUUUGCACUGGACAAGACCCUAUUGAGAACUUGAUGGCACUCAUUGUAGAUCCUGACCACUAUAGCACUUUUUAG